GAGAUGACAGGAGGAGGGGCGGGGCCGGGGGAGGAGUCAGGCCGCAGGCUCCUGCUUAGCUCCGUCCGGUCACAGCUCAGUGUUCCAGGCUCCAGCGGCCGCUCCACGUCCCCGGGUCCUCCGCCGCCGCCUCUGCUCCCUGCCGGCGAUCAUGGCUGUCCGGGCCCGUGCUCUGUACGACUUCCGAGCCGAGAACCCGGGCGAGGUGUCUCUGCGGGAGUCGGAGGUGCUGAGCCUGUGCAGCGAGCAGGACAUCGAGGGCUGGCUGGAGGGAGUGAACAGCAGCGGGGAGCGGGGGCUCUUCCCUGCCUCCUAUGUGGAGAUCGUCCGGGGAGAAGUGGCCGGUCCCCCUCCUCCUCCUCCGCCGCCGCCUCCACCUUCAGCAGACUCCCGCUACGCUAACCUGCCCCCCGGCGGGUACGAGCCUGCGGUGGCGCCCCCUAGCUGCCAGAGCUUCUCGUACUCCGGGGCCCGGCCCGCCGCCCUCCAGUACCAGCACAGCCAGCCCAGCGAUGACGACUGGGACGACGAGUGGGACGACAGCAGCUCCACAGCCGCGGAUGAGGCCCCGGCCCCUGGUUACUAUGGAGGCGGUUUCCAUGACUACGACAGCAGCAGGUACCGGUUGUCAACCCCUGGCUCCUACUCUACCACCACCUCAUCCACCACCACCUCAUCCCAGGCCGCCAAGGGCACUGCCACCGUUGGCCGCAACCUCAACCGCUUCUCGGCUUUCGUGAAGAGCGGUGGCGAGGCGUUUGUGCUUGGGGAUGUGGCGGGUUUCGUGCGGGAUGGGGACAAGCUGUGUGUGGUGCAGGGUCCACAUGGGCCAGAGUGGCAAGAGAACCCCUACCCCUUUGGUUGCACCAUAGAUGAACCCACCAAACAGACCAAGUUCAAAGGCAUGAAGAGUUACAUCUCCUACCGCCUGCUGCCGAGCCACACCGGCCUGCAAGUCCACCGCCGCUACAAGCACUUCGACUGGCUUUACGCCAGACUGUUGGUAAAGUUCCCGGUCAUCUCCAUUCCCCGCAUCCCUGAGAAACAAGCCACUGGUCGCUUCGAGGAGGACUUUAUCUCCAAGCGGCGGAAAGGCCUGCUGUGGUGGAUGGAUCAUAUGUGCAGCCACCCUGUGCUAUCCCGCUGUGAUGCGUUCCAGCACUUCCUCACCUGCUCAGAUGAGAAAGCGUGGAAACAAGGCAAGCGAAAGUGUGAGAAGGAUGAGAUGGUUGGGGCCAACUUUUUCUUGACCCUCAGCACCAUGCCCGGUGCCCCUGUACUGGAGGUGCAAGAAGUAGAGGCCAAACUGGACGCCUUCAAGUCAUUUGCCAAAAGGAUGGAUGAAGGAGUCCUCUUACUCAACCAGACAGUUGGGGAGUUUGCCCGAAAGCAAGCCUCAGGCUUCAAGAAAGAGUACCAGAAGGUGGGAAUGGCCUUCAAGGGAUUAGGUCAGGCCUUUGAGAUUGAUCAGCAGCCCUUUUCUGGUGGACUGAACCAGGCAAUGUCUUUCACGGCGGAUGCCUAUGAUGCCAUUGGGGAAAUGUUUGCUGAACAGCCUCGCCAGGACUUGGAUCCCAUCAUGGACUUGCUAGCAGUGUAUCAGGGUCAUCUGGCCAACUUCCCUGACAUCAUCCACGUCCAGAGAGGGGCACUGGCCAAAGUCCGCGAAAGCAAGAGGCACAUUGAAGAGGGCAAGAUGGAGCCGCAAAAAGCGAAAGAAAUCCAAGAACGCUGUAACGUUAUCACCUACGCCACCCUGGCCGAAAUCCAACAUUUUCACAAAAUCCGCGUGCGGGACUUCAAGUCACAAAUGCAGCAUUACUUACAGCAACAAAUUAUGUUCUUCCAAAAAGUGACGCUAAAGUUGGAGGAGGCGCUACAGAAAUACGACACCGCCUAGUCUUCCCAUCCGAGAACCCUGAACUGUUUCUUCUCCUCGUUUUGGGGAGGUCUAAAACUUUGGGGUUUUUUUUAUUUUAUUUUUUGGUCACCCCCUUCCUCAAAGAUUAAAGCAACCUGUUGCCAAUAAUUGGCGGUGGUACACGAAA